AUGGAACGCAACCCGUCCGGCACCAGUUAACACUUGCCUGUGAAUUAAUCGUUUGGCGCACGAUUAAUCGCCCGCCAAUGCAGGCGCAGUACCGGGUGACUGGCACCAAUGGCACGCGGUUUGAAAAGCACCAUCUAUUCGAUGGUACAGGAAUAGGUCAGUGUCACUCAUCAGCUGGUCGCGUGUACAGUAAGAUUGAUGCGCUACAAUUGAAUACAUCGAAUGACGGCAGAUUUGGCACACGGUCGGCAACAAUGGAACUGAAAACAAUUCUGCUUGCCCUAUCGCUCGCCAGCGGGGUACUUUGCACUGCGCUCAAUGAGUCCACUUCCGCCGGCGGUGAAUCCAAACCACUUUCAAGAAGGAAGCGAUUUCUGCUGUUUCCACCGGGUGCGAACAUUCUGCUCACGUCCUCGUUCGGCAAGGGUUUGGUAUUUCGCGGACCAGCCGGGUACGUUUGCAUCGGCGAGCUGGAUCUGUACUUUCCGCUGCCCGACUACAAGUAUCACGCAAGUGCGCUGAAGCUCGGCAAGAUAGCGAUGUAUCCGCCGGAACCGAAAAAACCAGCCCCACCACCACCACCACCACCACCACCCGCACCAAAAGAACCCGAUCAUCACCACGAUCACCAUGACGGGGGUGAGCUGUCACCGGCCGAGGUGGAACAGUAUCUGAAAGAUCACCCUGGCACUUGGGUUCCACCGGGCUGGGGCAAGGAGCGUGCCGAUUGGAACGCGGAAAACCUCCAAUACCGGUCGGAGUAUUGGGCACCGGGCAGCCGUAUCGGGGGGCAACAGCAGUACCAGUACCCUUCGAGCACACUUGAUCGCUACUUGGGCGGCGGUGGAUGGACCGAGCGGCCGUACGAUCGCUACCGCCGAUCAGUGCUCGAACAGGCACUGAACGAGGAGGAGGAGCGGGCGGAGGAAGAGCAUGGCCGCCGCCAGUGGCUGAGCGGGGAGAUGUUCAACAUUAGCCAGCACAGUGAUUGGGAACACUUCCAUCACUAUCGCGAUCGGAGGGCACUGUUUAGCCAUCUGGAGGAAACCUUGGGCUCGAUUACCGGUUUCCACAUGAAGGAGUGCAUUAUGAGGAGCAUCUGCGAGGCGAAGAACAUGCUACCGCCGCCGGGCCGCUCGAUGGCGAUGGACAUCUUCCGGGUGCUGUUUACCUUCCCGCUGAACGAAGCCCUCGCCGACGACUACAGCAACGCGCUGCGCGACGAUAACGUGGACUGUCGGGCGCGGUACGCCAGCGGCUGCCCGAUCAGUCUGCUCGAUCUGGUACUGUUCGGAAAGUUUGAAACGUAACACGGACGCGCGUGCGAUAGGUUUAAUUUUAAUAGAAAUAAAUACAAGCUUUUAUUUGA